UUCCUGACACUUCAGCGAAGUGUCCUUUCGGCGUGAAAAUGAAGACGAAGUCGUUGAGCUGUCUCGCGGGGCUCGAGCCGAGCUGAGCGGCGAGCCGGCGCUGAAGAACGGCUCGGGCAUCCAGGCGUCUCGAGCUGUGCCGCUUGUGUCCAGGACAGCCGUGUCUGCGCCCGGACACUGCAGCCUCAGCGAAGGGCUCAGCCUGCCGCCCCACUCGGUGAAGACGACAGUAAUCUGCGGCAGCUGCGAACCACCGACGAGGCAAGAUGGGCGACGAGUCGAUGGCCUCCGGCAUGUCCAGCGUAUCGUCGUCCGCCGACCCCGGCGGCGCACCACCCGCUGCAGCUGGUGGCUCCCCAACUGCAGAGGGCAUCAUGAAAAAGCUUUCAAACUACUGGUUUAUCGUCGGGUCAAUACCACUGGUGAUGUUCCUACUCGUCUGUCUCCCCACUGUGUUCUACGUCAAGUCCAUUUCAGAGUACAAAAACGCCUUCUACUGCAGAAGCAAGGCAUGCGAUGCCUUAGCGCUAGUGACAAAAGCAGCCCGAGAUGCUAAACCCUGCGAUGACUACUUCACCUCCGUAUGCAAAGCGGCCACGGCUUUCGACGCCAAGAGUGUUGUGAAAAAGGACAUCGAUUUCGUCAUGAAGGCAAGCGGCAUGUGGGGCGACAAUGCACCGCCAUACGUCACGGCCGUUGGGGACGUCAAAAAAUGCGAGAAGGAAGCUAAUAGUCCAGGAGCUAUCACGUGGGCCAUGAUCGGCACCGUUAUUGGUGUCCCGUCAAUCAGCACCGCGAUGGGAAAGCUGGGUCAAGGAACGCAGUUGAAGCCAGACAUUAUAACUAUGUGCACUACGGCACAACAAUACGGUAUCGACUGCAUGUUUCACUUCGAAUGGAUGCGUGGCGCCACAGUCAGGGCCUUCGGUACGGAUCCAAAACCGACCAUCGGAGAAGGAUUGCCGACACCGGCGAAGAGUGCCGACAUAGCUAUUUCUGCUCCCGACAUGGGAGUUAUGGAGCCAAACCAUUACCUUGUGGACUUGGGAGGACAGACACUAGAUGAUACGGUGACGCCGGUACACAAUGCCAUGAAAGAUCUGGACGAUACCCUCGAUGAUGAUGUGUCUGGUUCCUUCUUGGCUGCGGGCAAAAGUGCUUGUAAGAAGAUGAACGAGCUUCUCGAAUACAGCAAAGACCUGGACUACACAGUGGCGCCGCGAAUGGUGCUCACCACUGAAUUUUCCAAAAUUGACAGCCUUACUGGAUUUACAUUUCAGAAUUACAUUCCUCUCACCGAGGCGGUUCAAACCUUCAUACCCGCAGUCAAAAACCACAAACGCUACCUUGUGCGGAGUCCAAAUUACGUUGACCUGCUGAAUCGGGCGAUAAACUUUUGCCCCGUCGGAGGGAAGUGUUACGUUACUAUGGACGAAUAUUACGCGUUCAUAUUUUAUGACACAGCUCUGAGGGCGGGGGGUAACUUCAUGGUCAAAGGUACGAUACCUGAUGACCUGAGGCAGCUUUGGUGUUUCCGCUACCUCGACUGGUUGAUGCCGACCGCGAUGGCUGCUUCGUCUGAAAAGUACAUAAUGAAAACCUAUUGGCCAUUUGGUCUCAAGAAUCCCAAGGACCCCAAGAAUCCGCUUUCGGCUUUUAGUCUCGGCAUGAAGUACUUGUCUUUGCUACUCGACGCCUUUGUCCACUCGUACGCCCUGUCAGCUGCUUCCAGCGAAAAGUCUCGAGCGAACUUGUAUACAAAGAUGCAACAGUUGGAUUACAUGGCAUUCUACCCGAACACGUCAGACAAACAAAAUGUUGAUAAGGUUACUAAUAUGACCUCGAAACUUGCUAUCGUCGAUGACUUCUCACUAAGCACGUACUUUGUGAACAGAAAACAAAAUUUUGCGUAUUACUGGCAGAGCGCGGCUGCAGAUCUGAAAGAUGGUUACAUCGAACGGUUCCCCAUGAUGUACAGCGACGACGUCGGUGCCUACGACUACGGAACAAACCUGAUGUUCGUGCCCUUCGGAACGUUCAGACCAUCCUACUACAGAGACAGCACGGCCUACAUGGGGAACUACGCCACAUUUGGUUACUGGGGCUCGAAGAACAUCCUGAAAAUGCUGAACAAUGCUGGAAGCUACGCGAAGACAGGAUAUAGCUAUCCGCAAAUGUGGCCUGGCACAUACGCAGUGGGCAAGAUGAACUGGCACUUCAGAUGUUUCAACCCCGACAAAACGAAUCUAACAAUAAAAGCACGCCUGUUGGCCGAAGGAAACAACCCCAUCUCACCCGGAUUUCGGUUUUUCCGGAAGCAAGCGUUGAUCAGAGCUAACCCACGCCCGGAGUACCGACUUGACGAGGACGCCAAGGCCGACAUGGAUCAGAUCUACCUCACAGCUGUGAUGCGGACUUUCUGCCGCUACAAGGGAAUGAAGGCAAACAUAAACACGAUGUUCCAGCACGACCUGUACUUCCAGACCGCCUACUGCUCAGACUCGGACGGUGGCAAAAUGAAAAUGGACCCGAAAAAGUUGUGUUACAUAUGGCACAGCACGAGGCGGAACUACUGAGAGAGCACGGCUCUCGGAUCACCGUUCACACGCCAGCUCAUUAAAAAAAAAAAAAGCUGCAUGGUCACU